AUUUAUACUUUUAUUUAUUUUAAAGCAAUAUUUAUGAAGCAACAUGACUUACAAAAAUGUAUGAGUAAAAUUUUAUUUUGAGAACUAAAUCAAAAGAAUUUGUAAUUAGAUGAACUUAAUGUUCUGAUAUCAAAGUUUUAUUCUGAAUUAUAAUUACAUUACUACAAUGACGUUUUAACAUAUAUGAGCUUAAAAUAUUCGGUAAUUGUGAAUUAUAGAAAGUUUUUUUUAAAAAUUAUAUGAUUAAAGCAGAGUAAGAGGACCUAGAAAUGGAACUUUUUUGCAAAAUUUAAAAAAAAAUUGAGAUGAAAGCUUUGCUAUUGAUUGUAGGGAAGUAAGGACUUCUAUAUAACUUUCAAUCCUUUGUUGAAAAAAACUUUUGAAAAUGGAUUAUCAACAGAACAUUUCGAACUAUAGUGGUGAAGACAUAGGACGGGCAGCUGAAGCUCUAGGACCAGAAGUUCAAAUAUUUCUGAUCACAUUAUACUCAUUUACUGCAUUGUUCGCGCUUGGCGGUAAUGCAACAGUUAUUGCUGUCUUAUUACUGGGCAAAAGAUCUUCACGGGAACUGAGAAUUUUUCUUGUCAAUUUGGCGGUGUCUGAUAUCUGCAUGGCACUUUUUUCGAUUCCAUUUACAUAUACAGAUUUCAUGUUGGGACGAUGGAUUUUUCAUCCGAUUUUCUGCCCAUUCGUUCAGUUCAUGCAGCAUGUGUCAGUUAUAGCAAGCGUGUACACCCUUACUGCUAUUGGAUUAGACAGGUAUUAUGCUAUAAUGUACCCUUUGAGUUUAAGAUGGACAAAAUCCAGAGGACCACUCAUAAUGGGAUUUAUUUGGAUAUCAGCCUUUGGACUCUCGAGCUUUCAACUUAUUCACGGAAAAGCGGAAAAGAUAACUUAUGAUGGAGAAGAGUUCUAUGACUGCACGGAAGUUUGGGAUGAACUAGAUGGCAAGAUAUACACGAUGGUUAUUUUUGUGAUUACUUUUCUGUUGCCAAUGCUCAUCCUUACGUUUACUUAUACGAGUAUCGGCUUGAAAAUGUGGCGCCAUACAUCACCAGGAAACGCAGAUGCUACAAGAGAUCAUCAGCAGCUGAUGGCUAAAAUGAAGGUUGUGAAGAUGAUGGCUACUGUUGUGGUGCUAUUUGCUGUAUGUUGGUUACCCAUACAAAUAUUCAGCCUGUUAAUAUAUUUUAGCCAAUCCAGUGUUAUGCCCGAAACAAGUUCAGAUUUUGUCCACUUCAUUACAGCCUUUUUUACCUGUCAUUGGCUCUCAAUGGCCAACUCAUUCGCCAAUCCCAUCAUAUAUUGCUUCAUGAGUGACAAUUUCAGGACGGAUCUCAAACAGCUACUUUUUUGUUGGUGCUGCACAACAAGAACCCACCAUAGAGGACAGAGACUAAAAAACAGAAGUAAUCACAGCUCUUUUCGGACUACAACUCUAGUGUUAUCUUCAUGUUCUGUUAAACAGACGCCAAAUUCCAUACCUUUAAGAAGCUUGCAUGUCGAUAUGUUCCCUAAAAACAAGUAAAGGGAACUUUACAGAUUCUACUUUCAUUCAUUUUAUCAUGUCAAAUAAGCACAAUAAAAUCUUUGUUUCAGUGUU